AUGGCGGAGUUCGGCAACGGGCUGGCGGACGAAUCGCUACUAGAUUCCGACCCUGGGCACGCAGAGCUGGAAGACACGGGCGUGGGCGACGAGGAGCCGGGCUUAGAAGAGGGGGAAGCUGCAAUUGAAGACCCCGAGCUGGAAGCUAUCAAAGCCCGGGUGAGAGAGAUGGAGGAAGAGGCAGAGAAACUGAAGGAACUGCAGAAUGAAGUGGAGAAACAAAUGAAUCUAAGCCCCCCGCCAGUCGGCCCAGUCAUCAUGUCGUUUGAAGAAAAAAUGGAGGCAGAUGGCAGAUCUAUAUAUGUUGGAAAUGUGGAUUAUGGCGCGACUGCGGAGGAACUUGAGGCGCACUUCCAUGGCUGUGGUUCUGUAAAUAGAGUCACCAUUCUCUGUGACAAAUACACAGGGCAUCCCAAAGGGUUUGCUUAUAUUGAGUUUGCAGAUAAAGAGUCUGUAAGGACGGCAAUGGCUUUGGAUGAGUCCCUUUUUAGAGGAAGACAGAUAAAGGUUGGAGCCAAGAGAACAAACAGACCUGGCAUCAGCACCACAGAUCGCGGCUUUUCCCGGGCCCGAUUCCGAUCACGGGGGGGAAACUUCUCAUCGCGCGCUCGCUACUACAGCGGCUAUACACCAACCAGAGGUAGAGGACGGGCCUUCAGGUUUCAGGACCAGUGGAGGCUGACGACCCCUCCCCAGGUGGCGCCGCCGCCCCCCACUGUCUCUGCAGCAUCUCUUUCUCUCUCUGCUCCCGCUAUGCACACUCACCCCAUUCUAUCCGUGUGGGGGGGAGGGGGCCAGGGUGACCACAGGCCGGCCACGGGGGGAAUUUACUAUAACAGCAAACGCUGA